AUGGCUUUAAUAAACUUCAAGGAAAGAAUCCACAUUUUGUUAAAGCUAAAGGAGUCGCUAAUUCCCCAGGUUGACGGGAAUUUUGUAAAGGAUUGGGAAGCGGAAGCAAUGAAUUACCAAGUGACUAGCGAAAAUAUUAUAAUACACUUGAAGGACAUAUAUUUUAUAGAAGGAUUAAUUACGCCCAUUUCAGCACAGCUAACCUUUUUGAGAAUCAAUUUACUGAAUUAUGUAAAUAUGUCAGAAAAGGAAAAAGAUAAAUUUAAAAGACUGUACGUAUUGGCAGCCCUUGGAUUAAUUGCCAAGCUGAAACUUAUUUUAUUCUUUUCGACGUAUAUUAAUGCAAGGGAAAAUAAUCGCAGCAAGAAUUUCCCAGUUUUUAGCGAAAAUUAUUAUAACCUAGGACAGUACAACUGUGAAAGAAAUUAUGAGGACAAACUGAAUUUGACUAAUAAUCCUUGUGAUCAUUGUGUGAAUAAUGAAGACGAGAAGAAUGGUUCCUCUUUUAACCAUGGGGACGAUUAUUACAGCCAGUUCCAUUCAUGCACGGAUGAUUAUAAGGAGAACGUUUUUAACAUAAUGGCCCUCAACAACAUAGUGAACGGCAAUUCGCACUUGGGUAAUGACAAAAACGUCAGUGACAGUGAAUACGUGGACAACACGGUAGGCAUCUACGACAGCUGCGUCGACAUGAGUACCAAGCGCAUGAGCAGCAACCACGUCGGCAUGAACAAUGUUGGAGGUAACCAUGUUGGUGGUAACCAUGUUGGUGGUAACCAUGUUGGUGGUAACCAUAUCAGUGGUAACCAUAUCAAUGGUAACCACGUCAAUGGCAACCACGUCAAUGGCAACCGAAUCGGCAGUAACCACCAUAGCCACAACAACUUAAUGGGAAACCACGUCGGUGGAGGCCAGUACAACGCACUACUCCCUCAAAGCGCAGAAGAAUACCCAUCCAACGUGAUGACCCACUUUGCAGUGGACAAGAAUGAAGGUCUGCAAAACAUCCCAGCCGCCACGUCAAAAAAGAGAGCCGCGCAAAUGACACAAAGCCAAAACAAAACAGGAAACUUUUUAAAAAACUCACACACUUUAAAUGGAAUAAAAAAUGGCAUCAACGAACGCAUGCAAAAUUACAAUGAACAAAUAAACAAUGAAGCACAGCGCUUCUUGCAACAAAACCAAGACCAAAUAUCCAAGUACAUAAAUAAUAUACACCAAAGCAUUCAUUCAAACCAUGAAAAUGGAGAAUUCAACAGCCGGAAAUCGAACUUAAGCAACUAUUACGAUAAUGACAACAGUCAGGAAAAUAACAUCCUUCAAUCCUACACGAAUAAAAUUUAUGGCUUAAGUGAUAAUGUGUAUAAGAAUAGCUACUUUUUAUGA